CCCCCAAUCGCAACUUCCAAAUCCCCAAACCAGAACAGAAAAUAAAGGGAAAAAAUAAAAAAGGCUCCAUCUUUAUACCGAAAAAACCACGCCAAGGAAAAUUCCCCUUUUUAGAAUCCGAUUUCCGCUCCCACCGGUGGCCGUCAAUCCAUUCCCCUCUUUACUGAAUCAUCAUCUUCCUCCGGCGGAUUGGAUCCAAUUCGCUUUUCUUUUCAUUUCGCCUGCGGCGGAUUCUCUCUUUGGUUGUUGUUGUGUGACUUGGUUGCGGUGAUCGGGGAAUUCGCGAGGGUUUGCGGGAGAUUUGAGAUUGGGGGAUAUGCAGGUGGAGAAGGUCGGGAGGGAUCCUUCCUGUUCCAUGGGGGUGGAUUGUUUCAUGAGCAUAGCCAGGGCGUUCGGUACGUCCUGUUUCACCGAUGAAGGUUCUCGCGGCGGCGGCGGGCUGUCGCGGCAAUCUUCCGGGAGUAGCGCGGAAGCGGCGAGGCGGAGGAAGAAGAGGCAGAUGAUGAUGAAGAGGAGCGAUUCGAAGCUGGAGAUAUGGUUGCACAGGGUCCCUGGGAGGUUGUUCUUGAAUAGCUCGUCGGAAUUCGCGUCUCUGUUUACUAAAGCUGGGAAGAAAGGAGUCAAUCAGGAUGCCAUGGUUUUCUGGGAGAAUUUCGGCCCAAAGGAAGACACAAUGUUUUGUGGUAUUUUUGAUGGCCAUGGUCCAAGUGGUCAUCUUGUUGCGAAGAAAGUGAGGGACUCUUUGCCUUUAAAACUGAGAGCACAAUGGGAACUAGAUUGUACCAGCGGUGAGCUUGGCCUCAUGAGUGGUAAUACUGUUGGAAGAACUGCAUUAGCAGAGUGCUCACUCAAUUCAUUUCAAUCAGAAUCACCAACGGGAAACUUAGAUAAUGGAAAAAAAGACGUGCAGACCGACAUUUUUUUGACAUUUAAAGACUCAUUUUUGAAGGCCUUCAAGGCUAUGGACAAGGAACUGCAGUUGCAUCCUUAUAUUGAUUGCUACUGCAGUGGGACAACAGCAGUAACAGUGAUCAAGCAGGGGCAGGAUCUUAUCAUUGGCAACGUUGGAGACUCCAGAGCUGUGUUGGGUACAAGAGAUAAAAACAACUCCCUCUUUGCAGUUCAGUUGACUGAAGAUCUCAAACCUUCUCUUCCAAGAGAAGCAGAGAGGAUCCGAUCAUGCAAAGGAAGGGUGUUUGCUCUUCCAAGCGAACCGGAUGUUGCUAGAAUCUGGCUUCCAAACAACAACUCACCUGGUCUGGCUAUGGCCCGUGCUUUUGGUGAUUUCUGCCUGAAGGACUUCGGCUUGAUUGCGGUUCCUGAGAUUUCACACCAUCAUAUCACGGAUAACGAUGAGUUCGUUGUGCUGGCUACUGAUGGUGUAUGGGAUGUUUUGACAAACGAUGAAGUUGUGGGGAUAGUGGGUUCUGUCCCACCAUCGAGUGCAGCUCAAACCUUGGUUGACUUAGCUCAUCGAGCUUGGAGGACUAAGUAUCCCACGUCAAAAACAGAUGAUUGUGCUGUCGUCUGCCUCUUCCUUGGCUCAUCCAGUGCCGAGAAGGUAUCGACAUCGAUGGAUUGAUUAAAUACAUCCUCUCUCAUGUUUAAAUAUGAUGAUCAUCAAUAUGCUAGAAAUUGUGGAUAUGAGUUGCCACCUUUUUGAGGCGCUUCCUGAAUUUUUUCAUUUGUUUGUGGUAUCUCUGGACAUUUUGUCCAGAGGUAUUUCCACCUUGUACUGUAAAUAAGUUUCUCUCAUCUUCUAGCCAAAAGAAGAAAGGAAAACAAAAGAGAAUGUGGAGGUAAAAGGGUUUUUGGGGGUGUUGAGUUUCUGAUGGAAGGAGGGUUCCAUCUAUUUCAGUAAAUUUUUUUGGUCAGUCGGGUAGGUGGCAAACCAGUUUAAAUCUUUUUUUCUUUUGCUAGGACUUGUAGUAGAUUUUGGGAGGGUAAUAAGUGUUGUAUAAUCUAUGAAGUCCGUCGCUGUCGUCGGUCUCUUUGUUGUGAAGGUUUGAUGAAUGAAUGAAGUUGUGGAUCUGGGGGGGGUGGGGGGAAAUCUGUAGAUUUUGAUUGUGGCCUCUGCUUAUUAGUUUGGAGGUUCUCCUCAGCUGUCUUUGUCGUCCUUGUUGAAGAUUUGUGCAGUUUGCAACCAUGGCUGCUGUCUCUUCUUCUGCAAGUGGCCAUGUUAUGGUUCCCCAUUAUGAUGUUGACAUUGUAGUAACUAUUUUGUUACAGCGAGUGGACUUACACAUUUUAAAUGAGCAUUUUCUUUUUUUUUUCUUACAGAAGUUUCCACAUUUGUUUCAUUAUAACCCGUAUUUUUGCAUCAGACAGCUUUAGCUUCAGUUACUUGCUACUGCUUAUGCAUAACAAUCUGGCUGCUACACUGAAGUGGGGACGAUUAGCAUCUGCAGAUGGCGCUAUCAGAUCGUAAGUCGCUGGAUUAGGUGCAGCAACAUUUGAAAUUGUACCAUCGUGUCGAUCCAAAAUAUGUUGAAGGCGAUUGAAAGGUUUCGAAACUUUUGAACAAUCAGCGCAGCAAUUGGAUGGAUAGAGUAUAUAGAUAAAACUAGAUGCUGCAGCCAAACUCUGAGCAAAACAGAGCUAAAAAAAGCCAGAAGGAAAAAAGCUGGCAUAAAAAGCCAAAAUAUGAAUCAUUGGGAGCACUUAAUGGUCUCGUAAUUUUAUCCACAGCUCAUACGUAAGCUGUAAGCACCACUGUAUGGAAUGGAAACAUACGGCGAGAUGUAAGCCAUGACUGCUGCUGCUGCUGCUGGCAAGAACGGUGCAUUUGUGUUGGAGAAAUCUCCAGAUCUUGAUUAAUAUCUUGGUUAUGGCUUCUACUUUCAUACCGUCUUUUCUCUACUUCGAGUUUUGCGCAGAUUGCAAGCCAUUGCUGCUGCUGCUACUGCUACUAUCGGACAAUCCUGGCUACGGUUGCAAUGGUUGUUGGGAUUGGGAAAGCUUGACGUGAUUCGUGAUUACAUCGGAUUGCGUGUUUCUACGUCUCGUGACUGUCUAAUGGAUGCAUCCAAUGACAAUAAGAUACGAAACACACGAUCCGAGGUUGAGACCGUAGCUCUUAGCCUGAUUCUACUUUAGGAAGGGCGGGCGGGCAUAACGUAACUACUUGAAUGAAAACGGCCUACACAUGACAUGGGAGCUGUCUGUCAGAUACUAAAUCCACUACCAGUUUAUGUUCUUCAGAACAUUACAAGCACAAGCAUGUGGUGUAUGACAGAAGAAGAGAGCAGCCAGCCCACAUCAAAAAGCUAGCGUCUUUGGAUCUCUGACCUGCCAACGCCCAAAAACACAAGCCACCAUGCCUGCAAUUGUUUUGUUGGUUUUAUGUCAGGGAUAGAAAAUGGCAGCAGGAUGCUCCUGACUCAUACCAUGUGAAAAGGGAAUCAGGUUACGGUUCUCGUGCACAUUGAGGGUUAGGACAUCGCGUAGCGAAAUUUUAGUGAUUGGUGAAUCACGGAAUUUGGGAUUGAACAACAAUUAACGCGUUAUGACUAUAGGUGAUUUGUUGGAGGGUGGCUUGACGCCACUGUACACGACAAUAUACUUACAAAACUGUU